UGCGAAACGCCUUGCGGACUCAAACACCACGGUCGCUCAGACUCGAGGUCUCAUGAUGCCCUCGGAUGAGAUGGCAUCGUCAAAGGUUCGCAGGGCGCAUCGCAAGACGCGAACAGGAUGCACUAAUUGCAAGAGGCGCCGCAUCAAGUGUGAUGAACAAAAACCGUCCUGUUCCAAAUGCAUCCAACGAGGCUUCAGAUGCGGAUAUCUCACCCGCCAUCCCGAAUGUGACUCCCCCGUGGCUGCAGCGACAGACUCACCCCAACCCCCAGCUCCCACGCAUGAGCUCCCCAUGAGAGAGCUGCAGCUCCUGCAUCACUUCACCACCUCGACGUACGCCACGCUCUCCCCGCGUGGCCACGUCAAGACCAUCUGGCGCGUCACGGUGCCCAAACUAGCCUUCUCCAGCGACUGUCUGAUGCGCGCCAUUCUCGCUCUAUCGGCGUUGCACCUCUCGCGACUCGAAGGGGACCUCGACCAUCAAGCGCACGCCAUCGGCUACUACGACGCGGCCCUCCGCUCCUCCACCCUCGCCAUGCUGAACAUCUCCCCGGAAACCUGCUCCGCCCUGUACGUCUGCUCCGAGCUGAUCUUCAUCUUCCACCUCGUCCACCCCUACCUCUCCGGCAACCCACUUCUCUCCCCCAACAACGAAGUCGCACCCUGGCUCGUUCUCCUGCGUGGCAUUCGCACCAUCGCCGACCCCUUCCGCGACGCUCUCCUCACCGGCGUCCUAGGGCCCAUGUUCGGCACCGAGCCCUCAACCCCCGACACAGUGAUCAUGGACUCGCUCGACACGUUCACCGCGCAUCUGCGCAAGACGCACCCCGAAGCUGACUCCGACCUGCACGCCUACCUCGUCGCCAUCGAGGAGCUGCGCCGCUGGUCUGCGGGCGUGGACGGCCACGGGUUCCAGUGGGCGGUGUACGUGGACGAGAGCUACAUCUCGCUUCUGCGACAGAUGAAGCCGGCUGCUCUGGUUAUUUUUGCGCAUUUUGCGCGCGUGGUUAAAAAGUCGGACUCGAAUUACUGGGUGCAUGGGUGGGCCGAUCGGCUGGUGGGGGUGGUCUAUGGGACGUUGGAUGAGAGUUAUCGGUUGUGGAUUCGGCCGGUGUUAGAGGAGAUGGGGGUGGCUAGGUAGAUUGAUUAGAGGUCUUUGUAAUAUAUCCUUGAGGUUGGU